GCGUGCGUGUGUGCGUGUGUGUGGAGGCGGCCUGGCUUCUGCCACGUCAGUGACAGCCGCUCGAGACGCAGAGCCGGCGGCGGCGGCGGCGGCGGAUCCUCGUCCCUGUUUCAGGCUCUGGUGUUUUCGAACUGUAUCUCCUGCCAUGACUCUCGAUGAUACCCCCAUGUUCGAUCCCACUCUGUUAAAAGAUCUGGACUGGAACCAGAAUACAGUGAAAUUUACUCCUGAUGUCUCCCCUUCGAGCCCUGGGGAAGGACUGGUUUUGAGACCGCUCUGCACUGUUGAUUUCAACAGAGGGCUUUUUGAUUUACUCUCGCAGUUAACAAAGGUUGGUGAAGUUACAACCGAACAGUUUCUAAAAAAGUUUGAGCACAUGAAACAAACUGGGGAUUACUAUAUUGUUGUGAUUGAAGACACAAAACUUGAACAGAUUAUUGGUUCAGCGACGCUAUUGAUUGAACAUAAAUUUAUACAUUCUUGUGCAAAGAGAGGGAGAAUAGAAGAAGUUAUUGUCCGUGAUGAAUGCAGAGGAAAGCAACUUGGGAAACUGUUAAUUGCAGUACUCACACUUCUCAGCAAAAAGUUAAACUGUUACAAAACCACGUUAGAAUGUCUACCAAAGAACACAGCCUUCUAUGAAAAAUUUGGAUUUAAAGUUGGAGAAGACGUCUAUAUGCAGAAUAGAUUUUUUGAUUGAGACUUGUUGAACUUCUUGCUGGAUUAUUUAUCUAGAAAUAUCUUGCAGAGGAUUUACUGGUAAACUGCUGCUCUGCACAAUCACCAUCACUACACAUCUUAGUACUUUAAUAAUGAUUUUGAGAUCUUACUUUUUAGUGGUACUGCAAAUGUAUUGGGAGAUUUUUUUUAUAUGUAAAAAAAACUGAUUGCAGGUAAAACUAUAGUUGACUUGAUGACAGGAAUCUAAAAGGUUGUGUAACAAGAUAAAGGAAUAAUUUUUUUUUAAAUGUUUAGCAAGUCGAGCUGCAAAAAUUUAAUUUUUUUGCCUACGUUCGAAUUUUUUUUAUGUGCUAGAUUUAUUUAGAAAUCUGAUUAGUACUUUCCUCGAUUCAAUUAUUUUUAAAUGAAGAAUUAACUGGAUUUCUGCUCUGGGAUGCACGUUGAGAAAAAAUAGAGGCAUUCUUAUUAAAAGGAUAAAAUACUUAACUUCCCUAACUUUUAUCUGAAAGUAUCAAACUCUUCUUGUAAAUAAACUCAUAUUAAUUUAAACCAAUGUCUUUUCCGGUACACAGAUGUGUGGUUUAUUCUGAGUUUGUGCAUAUUGCUGUACUUGCAUUCCAACCUUGGGUGCGUUUUUAUCCAGUGUAUGAUUUUCACUGAGAAAUGUUUUAACACUGACUAGAACCACUUCUUCCUCUUUCUGUUGAUCUAACUGUACUGCAUUCAGCCAGUUUAUAGUAGUACCAAAUGUGAUUUAUGUUUUUUUGCAGUAGCUUUGUUCCAUAGCUUGAUUUGAUGGUCCAUAUUGCAAGCUGUUUUAAUUUGCUACAUGCACACCAUGAUGAUUGAAAAAGAUGUCCUUGAUGACUCAGUUGGUAAACCUAUUGUGUGGAGUCAAACUGAGUCUUAAAACACCAAGUUUUAGCGUAUAAGGCAGGAUGGGCAUUUGGGAAGAGGAAGCUACACACCAUCAUGAAUUGGUUUUCAAGAGGGAAGCACCAUAUACAAAGAGCUGCUCACAAUAUAUAAUGAAGUACUAGUGUCCAGUAAAACAAUUUUGUUGCUAAUAUACUGUAAUACUAAAACAAUUGGAUUACACAAUGAAGAAAUCUACAAUGCUUAUUCUGUUUCCUAUUGUAUAUUCUCUAUAUGGGAGUAGCCAAAAAUAUUAAUAUAAUUUCUUUAAAAAUCAAAAAUGGGACUUAGUAAGUAUGUGUGUCUAAGUAGGUUUGAUUAUAUGUUGAAUUUUAUAUAGUUUUAUAUAGGAAUAGUUCAUUGCAGUGCAAAAUAUGCAGCUUGGGUAAUUUUUAUUAUAAAGGAAUUUACUUUUAAUUAAAAAUGAUAUUUACAUUCCAUGCCAAAAACUUUUUUUUAAAAAUAUUUUUAUUUGGAGCCUUAAUUUUGUACUACUGCAUCAGUUAAGCUGUAGUUUACACUUCUAGAUCUACUGUUCAUGUGGGAAUGUUCUAUCCAGACUGUGUACUUGAAGAGAAAUAUAGUAACAAUUAAAGAUGUGAUGUGUUGAAGUUUUCAGUUACAAUUGACAAUUAUUUAAAUUUAGGGACCAAGUUGCCAACAUUGAGUCCUCAAACCUGUUUCCUACCUUGCAUUUAAUUAUAAUACUAAAUAUUUUAACAAAAGGCUGCAAAACCAACUUUGUAUAGCAGUAUUUAUUUAUUUAAAAAAUAAAUUACAACCCACAGAAUACUAUGUAGAUUGGAAUUUUGCUCUUAAGUACUUUUAUGGAUUGGCAAGAGCUAAGGGUAUUCUCUUUUUUUAUUUGGUAUUGGGUUACUGCAGGUUUAUUUUGUGCUAUAUUUAUUUACCUUUGUACAAUAGCUGUUUGUGGCAAAUAAAAUAUUGAACUGUAAUAAAAUAUAACUUGUCAAAUUA